UUGGAAUUUCCGGUGAUUUGGUUUUGCGGCGAAAAAUUUUGCUUGUGCUCUUCUUUUUCUUAAACAUGGUGAAAUGCUUUAGUACCCACUAAGUUAAGAAGCCACAAACAUAACCAUAUGUUGAUUGAUUAAGACAGUGAAUAUGGAUUCUGAGGCAACACAUUGUUAUUGUAAAGUAAAGGAAAUUGACGAAGAGACUCCAAAAUUAACAUGCAUGAAAUGUAGACGACAGUUCCAUAUAGAUUGUUUGAAGACAGGAAAGCCAUCCUUAUUGGUAGGUGAUGUAUUUUUUCACUUGGUUUGUACUGAAUGCAAUAACAACGGAGAAGAGGAAGUAGAAAGAUUGAAGAUGCAAUGGUCUCAAGUUGUACUUCUGGCCUUGUAUAACUUACAGUUAUCUGGAUGUGUUGGAAAGUAUGGCUACUUUAGGUGGAAGGAACAUAUAUGUGCCUAUAUAGACAAACACUGGACAGUCUUGUUUGGAGGACAAAGAAAGAAAACAUCAUUAUGGCAUGGAACAGUAGCUGGUACCCUGUCAUCUGGAUGUCCUCAAGUAUUUACCUCAGGAGCCAAGGAAUUAGGAGAAAAUGGUUGGUGGAGACUUACAGAGAUGAAACCACCAUAUACCAGCCAUGUUUCAAUACAAACUGCCAGACAGAAUAGAAAAAGAUUAUCUGUAUCUCCUGUUGAUAGUUUAAGUAAAGUGGAGGGACUCAGGAACAGACGAGGCAAAACUUCCAUUGAAGCUGCGAUGGAACUCAAAGCUAAAAGGGAAACUCUAACUGAAGCCAAAGACAUCAGGAGAGCAAAAAGUUUCACAUCACUAAAUACAUCCAGCUCAGAUAAACAGAUUUUUGAGUCGCUCUCUCAGCCAAGUCCUAGUCCUGUACAGGGUGGAAGUCAGGACAAUCUAGUAACAUUCAUGCAGUAUAUCAAACAGGAACCUGUUGAUCCAAGCUUUUCAUGGACUCAUAAUACUAACACUUCAUUGAGUCGGAGUACUCUGUCGUCAGUGGAUAGUUUUUCUCCUGUAAACUCAUCAUUUUGUUCUGUGAAAAGUGAAGUUGAUGAUGACAGUCAGUUCUCUCAUGCAAGCAGCUCUAAAACAGAUUCAUGGUUGACAGAAAAUGAACUUAAACCAGAGUUAAAUAUUCCUUCCUUGUUGAUGUCAGCUGAUAAUACAGAUGUGAAUGAUUCUGACAGUGAUUUAGAGAUUGACCCAGGAACCAUAACUCCUCCACCAGGGUCACCAAAACAGUGUGAUUCUCCAAUGUUACUUGACAUUCUGUCCACAGUCUGUGAUAAUGCUGUAGAUAAUGAGAUGUUAUUUCAGGGAACUGAAGGAAAAGUUGAAAUCCAGCAAGAAAUUCAAGAUAUUGAUAUGUGUGUUGUUCAUGAUUCUGAUAGUAUCCAAGGAAAAGGAUUACCAAUGGAAACCAAUCAGGAAGUGAAAUCAUUUAAAGAAGAAGAUAAUGAUUCUGUUGUGGAUUCAGAAAGUGAAAGUGAAAACAGUAGUGCUGAUGAAAAUGAAAGUACAAUACACAGUGAUAGAGGAAAAUCUACUGGCAAAACAAAAAUAGAAAGAGAAAAUAAGACAGAAAACAAGGAAAAUUUACAAGAAGAAAAAUGCACUUUGAUGAGUUUGUAUGAAGAAAGACAACUUUUGAAGAAAUUAAAUGAUGCUUCAAACACAUGUCAGCUGCCUCCUGAAAUAAACAGGCUGAGGAGAAAAUUAAUUAUACGACAGCUGAAGAGAGAAAGAGGUCAACCAAUAUUUGAUAUUGACAUGGAGAUGAACAAAAUGGCGAGGAAAUGUUGGGGCGACAGCUGGAUACAAGAGGAUGUUAACAGAUUGAAUCCACAUGGUUUACCUACAAACAGAUUUUUACCAGGUGAUAUCAGAAUUCUUGACAGAUUUCAAACUUUUGCCUACAGUUCUAAACUACUUACACAACACAAACCAUCUUUUCUGAAUCGAUUAGUUGGUACAGAGGAUGACCAGCUACAGAGUAUCAUUAGUCCAUACACAGCCAGAAUACUGAAGCCCUUUAUCAGAAGAGAUUAUGAAACCAAAGCAAAAAAAAUGUUAUUGUUAGAGGAGAUCAAAGCCUAUCCUCACAGAAAAGAUCCUUCUUGGAUACCUGGAAAGCUGCCACCAAUAGAUUAUUGUUAUGUACGUCCACAGCAUAUUCCAUCAGUAAACACACUGUGUCGUGAGUUUUUCUGGCCAGGAGUUGAUUUGUCAGAGUGUCUUCAGUAUCCAGAUUUUAGCAUUAUUGCUUUAUUCAGAAAGAUUGUGAUUGGAUUUGCUUUUAUGGUGCCAGAUGUAUCAUAUAAUGAAGCCUAUAUAUCCUUCAUCUUCACACAUCCUGAGUGGAGGGGGGCAGGGAUUGCCAAGUUUAUGUUGUAUCAUUUAAUCCAGACGUGUAUGGGUAAAGAUGUUCGACUUCAUGUUUCAGCAACAAACACUGCCAUGUUACUCUACCAAAAAUUUGGAUUUAAACCAGAAGAGUUCAUACUAGACUUUUAUGACAAAUAUUAUCCUGAAGACUCAAAAGAGUGUAGACAUUCAUUUCAUCUGCGACUGAGGCGGUAGCAUAUGUCUACUGUAAAUAACAAAUAUUAUCCUGAUGUCUCCAAAAAACUGUAUACAUUCAUUUCAUCUGCAACUGAGGCGGUAGCAUAUGCCUAUUGUGAAUAACAAAUAUUAUCCUGAUGUCUCCAAAAAAACUGUAGACAUUCAUUUCAUCUGCAACUGAGGUGGUAGCAUAUGUCUACUGUAAAUAACAAAUAUUAUCCUGAUGUCUCCAAAAAACUGUAGACAUUCAUUUCAUCUGCGACUGAGGCGGUAGCAUACGUCUACUGUAAAUAACAAAUAUUAUCCUGAUGUCUCCAAAAAACUGUAGACAUUCAUUUCAUCUGCGACUGAGGUGGUAGCAUAUGUCUACUGUAAAUAACAAAUAUUAUCCUGAUGUCUCCAAAAAACUGUAGACAUUCAUUUCAUCUGCGACUGAGGCGGUAGCAUAUGUCUACUGUAAAUAACAAAUAUUAUCCUGAUGUCUACAAAAAACUGUAGACAUUCAUUUCAUCUGCGACUGAGGCGGUAGCAUAUGUCUAUUGUGAAUAACAAAUAAUAUCCUGAAGACUCAAAAGAGUGUAGACAUACAUUUCGUCUGUGACUGAGUCAGUAGUAUCUGUCUUUUGUUAAAGAUGCAAGUAUAUAACACCAGUGAUGAUUUAUUACAGUUGUUUUAAGUGUUUUCACUUUAUAAUCAAUAUUUUAAGGAUUCUAAAGAGGGUAGCAGCAUUAAAAAUAACUUGGUCAUACACUGAAUCUAUUAUUGGUAUAUGUUCAGUAGUAUUAUAACCUAUGAUACAGAUUUCAGUUCACAAAAUGAAAGCCUGUGACAAACAAAGGGAUCAAGUGUUGUAUAUUUAUGAGAAAGGACAAGGUUAAAAAUAAUGAGCUUUAGCCUGAUAUGACAAUAUUUUCAAAUUUGAUAAACUGCUAAUAGUUUUCAAUGUACAAAUACCAGCUUUAAAAGGUAUAUGAUGUUUCAUCGGCAUUAUUGUCAAAAUUAUAUAGAAUAGUAUAUUUAUGAAAUCUUUAUUUUAAGUAUACUGACAAACAUUUCUUCUCCAUUUCAGAAGAAAAUAUCAAAUUAACAAUUAACGUUAUUGUUAUUAUUGAGAUAUGAUAAAAGAUACAUGAAA